AUGGAAGAUAAUGUCCAAAUCUGGCUGCCAUUUUGAGGGACUUGUCAACAUGAAGCGUAACAGACAUAAAUUGAGCAGGUAGAUCUAAAACCGUCAGAAAUACAUACGAAAGCACUCAAAUAAACUUUACUUUCAAUUCAAGUGGUAAAAUUUGAAAUUGUUCAUUAAACUUAGCAUUCGUACCACCCCAUCCGACCAUUUCUUCCAGCAAUUCAAACACUAUAACCAACUAGUGUUUAAAUUCCUCUUGUCGAUUCCACCAUAAGAAAUAACCUGUGCCACCCAAGCUUUGACUCGAAUAUGAAGUACGAAUCAAAUAACAUAACUCAGUCAUCUUUGUGGCAAUAUCACGCCAGUAUUUUGAUUUUCUUCUCUACAAGAACGGUGAUCAGGAAGCGAUGUUUAUUUCAUAAACGUGACCGCUGACAAGCCGGUGAGUGAAAAACAGCACUGCUCAGUGGCGAGGGGCAGGGUGUAGAACAAUCUGCCGACUAAUGUAAGACAAGGAAAAUCUUGGACUGGCUUUCAGAAACUCUUAACUUUUAGUUCGAACACGGCAUUCAAGGAAAACAGCCUUUAAUUUUAAAAUUAGUUUUAUUUUUUUUUUAUUUAUUUCAACAUUCCUCUUCUAAUGCUAUCACAGUUAAUUCUAUAGUCUGUUACCAUUUUUAGGAUAUUGUAUAUUGUAUAUUUAGCCUGAUUGUUUUGACCGUGUAUAAAUAAAAGUGAUGAUGAUGAUGAUGAUAAGGAUGGUAAGGAUGGUAAUACUGGAAAGCCUUGAAAAUCCAUUUAUAAUACCACUGCUGAUGAACUGUAGGAUGGAUAACCCCGAGUUGAUUUCCUCACGAUUGCCUUGCCCCAUUCAGCAGAAUGAAACAUUCAUCAUUGACCUUAGACCCUUGGCCAAUAGGAAAGAUAUCUUUUGUGAUGACAAAAGGAGUAGAAUGAUGAAAGCAAAUAGAGAGAAGUUGUACUCUGCAACAAACAACUCAGAAGGUCAAGUUUUUUCAUUGUACAAGGAUUCAUCAGAAGCCGACAUACAAUAUCAGUGAGAAGGCACCCAUACACUUGCAAGUCCUGCCCUCAUUUUUCACAAGAUAAUUGUAACAAUUGAAUAUGGAAAGUUGAUUAAGAAAUGGUUUCCUUUAGUGCUUAUUCAUUAGUACAGGGAAGCGAAGCUAAGAAAGUUCAAAGUCGCCUCACAUGCCAAUUGCAAGCUUGAAUCCUCGGUGCCACCAUAUGUAAAGACAAAAGAAAGCACAAAGCAGAGUCUGGUACAAAACCUCUUAGAGAACAAGACAAAUUCAAAACGUGCACUUUUCAAGAUAAUGAGGAUAGUGGUGAGGUUUGUGGCACUGAGAGUGCGAGUUCUUUGCCAGGAAAUGUACCACAGGUCAACAUCACAAAACAUCAGCUGGGACUUACAACCUCUGCAGCAUCAAAAGUCAACAGUGACCCACUGAUGGCAGUGCUUGACCUCCAGAAGGGCUCAUGUUCAUGAUCUGUCAGUGAAGUCACUUGUAACGAUCUGCCGACGGUGAUGCUCUUCAUCAACCAACAAAUGGAUGACAUCAUUGGCUUCCGCCGCCAUAAGAAACGAAACUUUGUUUCACAACUUGGGUUGGAUGCAACAUUCCAAUUAGGGCCUUUUUAUCUACCGCUAACCACUUGCAAGAACCAUUUGCUUACUGUGCAGGGUAACAGAUAUCUUCUAUCUCGUCUUGGGCCAGUUAUGGUAUGCAUAACCAAAGAACAGUUGACAUACCUGUCAUUCCUCCACUGUUUAUAAGAGCUGUACCUGGGCUGGGUAACUCUCUUCAUGCAACUGGAACAGAUAAUGAGUCUGCCCUGCAUAAUGACAUUUCUGCCAGUUUCCCUCAGUUACACCCGCUGCUCUGUUACUUGCACGGCAAAUAAAUGUCACAGAAAAGUUAGGGCGUUUGGGCCUGUCGCAAGCCCUCUGUGAACAAAUUCUUGAGGAUCUCUACGCCAAAGGCACUGGACUUCUGUGGUCCUAUUCUAAGGAAGAAUUCGACAGGAGGGUGCAAGUUCUAAUGGAACACUGGCACAGGUUGGAGUCAUCAGAGCACAAAGACCCACAGUUUGUGGAGUACUUCUGUAAAUGUAAAUUGGACGACACGAGAGACAGAAUGGCCAAGUAAGUUGUGAAGGAGCUAGGGCUGGGGGAGGAGCCAUACUGGCAGAACAUCCCAGAAGCUGUAAACCAGGCCUGUAGCAGGAAGAGGGGCAGGGGGCGCUCGAGCCCCCCUGAAAUUUUCAGACUUCAAUUAAGUUCUGCCACAAAAGCGUAGUUUUUUCUACUAAAAUGGACAGCUGUCAAUGGAAGCUGAAGUUUCAAAGAAUUGUUAAUCGUCAUGCCAGCAAUUAAUGCUGUUAGUGAAAGAUAGUUUUCAGCUUUAAAGCGGGUGAAGAAGUAUUUGCGCUCAACAAUGGGAGACUCUAGACUGAGCCACCUCAUGAUGUUGCAUGUUCACAAGAACAGAACAGAUGCUCUGACCCUUGUAGACAUAGCUAAUGACUUUGUUGGGCAGAGAGAAAACCGAAAGCAAUUGUUUGCCAAAUUUCCACGAACGAUAUCCCAAACAAGUUCUCUAUUUCGUCAAAGUCAACACAAACGGAAAAUUAGAGACAAAAACAAAAGGUAUUGCAGACAAAUGUAGUGAUCUGGCAUGUAGCAAGAAGUAUGCUUUAACUAAGGGACCGAAGUGGGAGGCGAGAGUUAAUGUGGGCCACUCGGUCAGCCCCCAAGUCAUUUUAUGCUUGCUAGGGGCCUCUGUAGACGCCAUGUUAAAGGAGUGGAAUAACUUUGUUUUGUUGUUUCUCUGUACAAUUUUGUUGAAUCAAAUACAAUGGCAACAGAGUUAGCUUGGUUCCGACUAUCAGACAAGUGCAAAGUUUGUGAUGAGUUUAAACAGCACAACAUGGUGAGAUGACAAGGGAAGAGAGGGAAAAUGCAAUGAAGCAGAUAUCUAAGCCUUGCCCGGACCCAAAUGCCUACAAGAAGAGCCGAAGCUUCAAGUUAACACAACCCUAUCAAGUUCUUCAGUUCAAGCAGCAUUGGUGACCUUGCACAACUGGAGGGUCAGUUUUUUAGAGAAGAAAUAUCCAGCCUCUCAGAAAAGGCUAAGCCCUUAUCCACAACAAGGGCUUGCGAGAAGGCUUUCAAACUGGCUCAUUUUUAGUUGACAGUGGUGCCUCACUUCCUUGAAAAGUACAGCUUUUGAAGAGAAGGAAGUAGUCCUGUUCUUGCAGUUUUUUUUUUCAGUUCCAACAGUACCAGUCAUCAUUGUGUCGCAGUUGCCAUCCAAACAGGAAGGGUAAAGCAGAUAGUUGCAAGUUUCCCAGGAAGGAGUUUAACUUGGCUCAGCACAUCUGCACCCAAAUCAGUUGCAGCCAAAGUGCCACCUCAAAAGCGUUCACGAGACGAGGCAACAGUAUCACCCCAGAUUGCUGUGGACGACCGCCACUUUAUUUCUGAAACAAUUGGUGACACAAGUGUGGUUAAAAGAAGUGUGCCAAACCCAGUGACCCUCCAUCGAAUUCACCCUUUGUCCCGAAAAGUUUUAGCAGGGGUAUUAGAAAAUGUCCUGGAUGCAAGAAACCACUGUCCACAACUAUUGAGGGCUACAAUGAGGAGGAUGACAAGGAGUAUUGCUUUGGCCAUUUUGAAGCGUACAACUUCUGCAACAAGUCCACCAAAAGGCACCAGGCAACAACUUCGACCUAG